CCCUAUUUCCCGUGAAUCGAUCGGGAGAGCAAAGCUUGCCUCCUUUCCAACCGCAAGACGCUAGUCAAGUGGUUGGGACUUCUCACUUUAGGGCUCCUCGGCGUCAGCUAGGGUUUUCUGACCGGCAUGGCGGGGAUUGGGAUCUGCCGCUGGAAAUGCGAGGCCUGGCCGUGGAUUCAAGGCGCCCGCGAAGUCCAGGCUCCAGCAUUGCCUCCACAGAAGCGGCAAUUCAGACCCAGGAUCGAUGUCCGCAAGCUGCUAGCCGCAAGAGCUCCGGAGCAAAGCCUAGAGAGUGCUGCUAUUCGCGUGCCACAGGCGAACGCCAUCCAGAACCCCAGAGCGACACACAACGCGGCGGCAUUGGCAUAUUUGGGAGAUGCGGUCUACGAGCUCUAUGUCCGCAGGCAUUUCCUCACACCACCACAAUCCAUGGACAAAUACAAUGCUUGUGUCAUGGCAGUAGUUUGUUGUGAAGCUCAAGAUUCUUUGCUGCAAGAAGUCCUGAAGGGGAAAUUCUUGUCACAGGAGGAAAGGGACGUUGUGAGAUGGGGAAAGAAUGUUGUAACAGCACACAGCCGUGCUACAAAACGAGCCGGCUCGGCCGUUUACAGUGGAGCCUCUGCCUUGGAGACACUCAUAGGCUUCCUCUACCUGAGAGAUCCCAGCAGAUUGGACGAGCUCAUGACCAAGCUAGGAUUCAACAGAGACCCUGAAGAUCUCCCGCAAGGACAAAGUACGAUGGCGGCGACUGCAGUAAAUACUCGAGCAUGCAGCAUGUCAACGGAGGCCAAUGCAUGAAUUUGUCAAACGGUGGGUGCGUGUUGGGAAGAACAGGCAGUCCGGUGGAACCCAUCCCGUAAGACGUGCAGGCCGUAAUGAGAUCUCGCAUUCUUUUUU